AUGUAUAGCAUCCAAAAUUUCCAGUUAUAAAAGACAUUGAUUGGAAGCCAAGCCAACGGCACAACAAAAAUGGGUUCCGAGUAUGAGUCUGAUCACUCGAAGCUGCAGCUCCCCUCGGUACGACUGAGCCAAUUGAACUCAACUCCCGGCUCCAUCUCGUGGAAAUCGACGGCCGAGAUCGUCCGGCGUGCGCUCGAAACCGACGGCUGUCUGGUGGUGGCCUGCGACAACAAACCCCCGCCGGAGGCGAUGUUCUCCGGCCUAUUGGAGGAGCUGUUCGCUCUCCCGCCGUCGACCAAAAUAAAGCACACGAGCGACCUCCCCGGCUUCGGCUACGGCGGAAACUUCUCCCUAAUGCCCCUUUUCGAGUACUUCGGCAUCGAAGACGGCGCCACCGUCGACGCUGCCCGACGCUUCACCCGCCUUAUGUGGCCCCACGGCCACCCCACCUUCUCGGAAAGCCUGCAUGCCUACUGCAAGGCGCUGCUGGAAGUGUACGGAACAGUAAUGGGGAUGGUGGUGAGCAGCUACGGCCUGGAUACGGACAAGUACCAUAAUGAAUUGACGGCGUCGCCGCUGUACAUGACGAGGAUCAUGAAGUACAAAAUAAGUAGUAAUAGUAAUUCGGAUUCUGUGGGGAUAAUUCCCCACAGAGACAAGAGCUUCAUGACUGUAAUAGGGACUAAUGAAGUCAACGGUCUGCAGAUCGAGACCCCCGCCGGCGACUGGGUUGACUUCCACCCCUCGCCGGCCUCCUUCAUCGUCAUCGUCGGCGAAGCACUUAUGGCAUGGAGCAAUGGUAGAAUAUACUGUCCUCUGCACAAAGUGAUUGCUCAUGAAAGUAAAGAGAAGUAUUCGAUUGGGAUAUUCUCCUUCAUACGAGGGGUGGUGAGUGUGCCCCCAGAGCUCGUCGACGACCAGAAUCCUCUCAGGUUUAAGCCAUUUCGGAACUUGGAAUUCCUCCGCUACUGCAAGGCAGGAGGGGCCACCAUGGCAUCUGCCAUUCGGACAUACUGUGGACUUUGACUUUGAUUUUGACUUUAAUUCACUUUAAGUCCCCUCUAUGUAUGUAUGUAUGUAUGUAUGUACGUACGUGUGUUUCCUUGACAGAUUUUAAUUUUUGGUUUUAAAUAGUAAAACUUUAAAUGAGAAUAGUUGUUUGAUGUGAUAUAAAUUUAUAUUGAUGUGAUGUUUUGAAUAUAAAAUUAAA